AUGUCGCCUAUAAUGCAGUAUAAAUGUUGUAGAAAUAAAACAUGUCACGUUUUAAGCUGCAUACAGUGCCACAGUAUAUGGCAUGGUAGCUGUUUGGAAAGAAAAAUAGGAAACUUGGAAUCUCGAAAAACACUUUGUUCUAAAAAUUGUGAGAAGGCAUACGGGGAACAAGUAGAAGCAGAAGACCGACUUGGUAAAGAAAUAGAACAAUUAAGAACGAAGUUGACGAAAAAAGAAGAACAAAUUGAAAUACUGAGGUAUGAGGCAGAAGAAAGAGCUGACGAACUGUUGAAGGAAAUUGAAUCUUUGACUAAGCAAAACAAAGAAAAAGAUGUGUUCAUCCAGACACAAAGGAGGCAAUCAAGGGACUUCAAAGACAUUGCAGAAACUUCUGAAGAAGAACUUUUAAAGGAAAUUAAUAAGCGAGAAACAACUUUUGUGAAAUUAAAUAAAGAAUUGGUAAAGUUUCAACAGAAAUGUGCAGAUAUGGAGAAAGCGAUUUGUAUUUUAAAAGAACAGAAUGAGAAAGCACAACUGAAUAUUGAAGAAUUCGAAAAUACAAAAACUGCAAUGCUCACCUCAAUUGAGCACCUAAGUAAUAAGAAUUGCAAUUUUUAUAGUGUAUGUAUAUUGUGCAUGUCUGUAAAUUUUGUGAAUUAG